AUGGACUCCAGCGCAACAGCAGAUUCCCCGUCCCUCCCUUGGAGGGCUUUCUCCAACACAACAAUGUGGGGAGUAGCGGGUCUCUGUCGUGGAUUUUUAUCUGUCCUCUGUAAUGCAGAGUGUCAUGGAAAGGAAGCUUUCACAGAGUUGUUGGACUCACGACGUGAAAUGUCGGAACGGUCUAGAGGAUUGAUUACAGCGUGUACGUUCAUGCAACUCCCCUCGAGACAAUCUAUACACAGACUUCGAAGAUGGCUGACUUUGCGCCGGGAUACCAGAAUGGAUGAUCCAUUGAUUUGGGGCAUAUUGCCUAUGCGAUUCUGGAACAAGCGGUGGUCAUUUGGAAGCUACGAUAUUUGCUACCAGACCAGACCACUCUCGCUAUUCUUCACUAUGGGCAAGGUCUUGCCUACCCAUCGUCUCGCCCACUCUCCAUUCGGUGGGCUAGGACAACCUGCCAUCACCGAGGCCGUUCGAUUGUUAUCCAAGGGUCCAUUCCCUCUUGACCACCACCGCGCUGUCCCCGAACGCCAACAUUGGAGCAGGGACAAUGUCUGCGUUGAUCCCUUUUCUGAUCUCUCGAUUGCGUACACCACUGAUGGCCAGGAUGCGCACUCGGCACCUUCCGCUUAUUCUUGCAACUCCCACUCGUGGGUACACAUUUUCCCCGAGGGCAAGAUUCACCAGUCACCAAGAAAGACAAUGCGCUAUUUCAAGUGGGGUAUUGCACGCCUUAUUCUAGAGCCCAAGGAAUGUCCGGACGUGGUUCCGAUGUGGAUUGAGGGCUUCGACGAUGUCAUGCACGAGAGCCGAGAGUUCCCACGAUUCUUGCCUCGACCUGGAAAGCGGGUCAGUGUUACUUUCGGAUCCAAGGUGGACAUCAAUGAAGUCUUCGGAGAUAUGAGAUCGCGUUGGGACAAGUUAAAAGCCAAAAUUGAAAAGAGCAAUCCUGAGUCCCGCGACUUGCCAGUGGGUGUCUUGAGCGAGGAGUUGUUGAACAACAAAGAAGCAGUUGAGCUGCGCAAAGAGGUCACCUUGAAGGUGCGAAACCUCGUCUUGGAUGUUCGCCGGUCUCGUGGAUUCUCCGACGAGGACCCCAAGGAAGGCCUGGUCGACACGUGGUUGGAGGAGGGCCCCAAGCGUGAGGGCCACAUGAAGGACGAUUCCUGGGUUCGAGAUAUCUGA